UCAGUGAGCACUGUGGGUGAGCUGUAAUUUCUCAUUACUUCUCCAUUUUCCUUGUGCAUAUCCCAUUCCGAUCAGACGAGAGCAAACUAACAGUCUAUGCUCUGCCGGAGAUUGGGAGAGGGAUAGAGGUGAUACCUAAAUUUUGAGCAGAAAAUUCGAUACCCUAAACAAAAGCGUAGGAAGCAGUAAUGCAGAGAUUGAAGGCAGCAGCAGCCUUCAUCAUAAGGCGAAGUAGAGCUCGGAGUGGUGGCUCUCUUCCUUUUAACCACUACAGAACCGUCUCUUCUCCUCCAAGCAAUAACCCAAUCGAUGACAAUCUCGAGAACCAGGUCGUUAUGUAUUAGUCGAAGGUAAAGCUUAUUCCAGAACCGCCAUUCUCAAUAGACCUUCUGCUCUCAAUGCUCUUAAUACUAAUAUGGGUGCUAGAUUGCUAAAAUUGUAUACAUCUUGGGAGGAUAAUCCGGAUAUUGGUUUUGUGGCGAUGAAGGGUAGUGGCAGGGCAUUUUGUGCAGGUGGAGACAUUGUUGCUCUUUAUCACUUGAUAAACCAAGGGAGAUUGGAAGAUUGUAAGGAAUUUUUUCGGACACUGUAUACUUUCAUAUACAUACUAGGUACUUAUUUGAAGCCACAUGUGGCUAUUUUGGAUGGAAUUACCAUGGGUGGUGGUGGUGGAGUUUCAAUACCUGGAACAUUCCGUGUUGCAACUGAUAAAACUGUCUUUGCUACCCCUGAAACUCUUAUUGGAUUCCAUCCUGAUGCUGGUGCAUCUUUCUACCUCUCUCAUCUACCUGGUCGCUUAGGGGAAUACUUGGCUCUAACUUCAGAAACCCUCAGUGGAGCUGAAAUGGUUGCCUGUGGCCUGGCUACCCAUUAUUCAUAUAGUGAGAGGCUUCAGUUACUUGAGCAACAGCUUGGGGAACUGGUCACUGAUGAUCCUUCUGUUAUUGAAGCUCAUUUAGAAAAGUACAGCGACCUUGUCCAUCCAGAUAAGAUGAGUGUAAUUCACAGGAUUGAAACUGUCGAUAAAUGUUUCAGCCAUGACACAGUUGAAGAAAUAUUUGAUGCUCUGGAAAGUGAGGCUUCUGGUACUAAAGAUGCAUUUUGCAAUUCCACUCUAAGAAGACUCAAGGAAGCAUCACCAUUAAGCUUGAAGGUUUCCUUAAGAUCUAUACGUGAAGGUAGAUUUCAAACACUCGACCAGUGCUUGGUCCGUGAAUAUCGAAUGUCCUUGCAGGGAACAUCCAAGCUUAUAUCUAGUGACUUUUGUGAGGGUGUUCGUGCACGGAUGGUCGAUAAGGACUUAGCACCGAAGUGGAAUCCUCCAAGCUUGGAAGAAGUGUCGGAAGAUAUGGUGGAACAUUAUUUUUCUCCUCUCAGUGCAGUGGAGCCUGAUCUAAAGCUUCCCACAGGAGAGAGAGAAGCGUUCAACUAGACAUCACUAAAAAGUCAAAGUUAAAUUUUAUAUUUUUGAAAAUUACAGAAUAGACCUAUAACAAGCGGCUGAUAGGAAAUUAACUUACAGGGUAAUUUAAACCUUUAAUUGUUUCAGGUUCAUGGAGUAGGUGUUUUCUGAAAGCAUCAUUUUAAUAAUAUAUUUUUGUGCUUGAGAAUUGGCAUUGAUGUAUUGAUUUCUUGUUUAUCCAAUUGUUAAUUUGCUGGCACAGCUUAUAAAGCUAAAUGUUAUUAUCU